UUGAAAUGUGGAAACAGCUCGCUCGCUCGUUCCUAUUGUUUACUGUAAUCAGACAACACUACAAACAACAAAUAUAACUGUUCGACUCUGACAAACAAACAGAUUGUGGCCUCCGUUCGUUUUUAUGGUUGUUGAAGAUGGCAUCACUCAUUCACAGGGAUUUUGUUUCACUGGCUGAGGAGAAAUUUGACUUCGAUGUUUCACUGUCACCAGCCAGCUCCAAAGGAGACCCCGAUGUUGAGGAUGAAGUCUUCCUGGGUCCAGCUGGUCAUAAAGAGAAAUGCAUUUCCCAUGGAGUUGAGAUUCACGCAAAAGAGAGUUUGAGCAGUGGGCUGUCUCUGGGAGAGGAGACCAGCUGGAGUCCACUCACAGGAGAGAAGUUUGAAGAAAUCUGCAAAGAGGCUCAUCAACUCGCCAGCCACCUCGAGCAAACCAUUAUGGACUCUGUUGUUGAGACCAACGUGGUUUCCUCGAGCCAAGCUGAUGACACUGAGACAUUUGAAGAGGACACCACUGCCAAACUGCGCGUGUUCAGCAAACCAGCCCAUGUUCUCAGUCCCAUAAAACGUGAGACCUUUCUUGUGCAGGACAGCCCGAUGAAGCUGCUUCCACCUGCUAUUCAGAAGCGUACACUGAAGACUAGAGGGGCACCUGGGUUUGGAAAGCCACGCCUCAGUACGUCAAGUCCAGUCAGACCUGCUGUGACGCAGCCUAAGAUGGCUAGUAGAGGCAAAGCCCUUGUGGCAAAUAGUGGGGUGUUACCAAGCAAGCCCACAGCCCAAGGAAGUUCACGAUUUUCCUCCAGCGCAAAACCACCACCUGCAACCAAGACUAGACUUGCUCCUCCUAGCAAAUGUAAUUUUGGGCUGAAACGCAGUCCCAGCAGUAGAAACACAAGUAGAGGAGGUUCUUCUGAGGAUCUUCUCUCUGAUAACACCAGUGUCGCUUCUGAUGUCAGCGAUUCUUCAUUUAACACUAGUUGGACUACCAGAAACAGCAUUCCUUCUCGGGGCAAGACAGAAUUGCGAGCUCCGUCUGCACUUAAAGCUCCUUCACUUCAGAACUCAAGAGUCAUGGACAGAAGGAGAAACACAUCGUCCUCUUCCUCCUCUGUGUCCAGCAUCAACUCUAGUCUAACUAUCUCUCCAGGAGGCAAAGCCAAACUCAGUUCAUCUCUGAACUCCAGCACAAACAGCAUCAGUAUACAUUCGCAGAGCAGUGUGAGUCGGUUGCCGAGUUCCAGUCGCAAAUCCUCUGUUGUGACCAGAAACCCAGAGCCCCCCGUCAGUAGGCGAACCUCCAUCUCUACACAGGGGCGGAGGGGCUCAGAAUUUCUCCCUAGACCUGUCAAAGCUACACCCAUUAAAAAAUUGAAUCCAGGUCCUCCUACUCCGCACCAGACUCCAGCAAAGAUUACUGAAGAAAAGACCGCUUCUACAUCCAACAUCCCUGCAGUUGCUGCUAAGACUGAAAGUGCUCUUAGGGGCAACCCUAAACUUAAAGCUCCAGUGGUGCCAACACCCAUAAACUACCUGAAGGGAGUGCGUAAAUCAGAGGUUUACUCCUCCCCUGAUGUCUCUCGUAUCAUGAAGCCGAAGAGACUAUUGUCUGCAUGCAGUGUGGAGAGUAUUACAGAUAAUCUAGCUGGUCCUGUCCCUAUUGGCCUCCUGACCCCCUCGGCUAUGGGGAGUAAACUGCGGAGACCCUCUGCUCUUCCAACCCCAGUCAACCGUCGUAUAUCUGGCAUCCCCGGGUUCACGCCCAGGAGUGUGUCACGCCUCAGCAAGCCUUACCAGAACAUAGAGCACACAUCAGUCUCCAGCCAAGAGGCCAUCAAUCCAAGUUCAAAGAACCUUAAGAAGAGUGAGAAUCACGAAGAUAAACCAUCCUCAGUGUCCGGUGAGGAUACCUGCCCUUCAGCAGAUCUCCAGCCUUGCUCUCUAGUCUUCAAUAUGGAGGAUGAGCCUGAGGGACCUACUUCCUGUGAGCCAACAGUUGUGCAGGAUUCCUGUGAACCUUCCUCAUGUGAUCCAGAGCCUUCACAGAUCAACAUGGAGCCCCCAACACUUCCAAACUCGGUGGACACCAAAGACGACUACCUGCAAAAGAAUACAGAGACAAAGGAUAUUAAAGAGGUUUUGUUAGUGGACGCUCCUGCACCUGCACUACGCCCAGCUGAAAAGUCAUUAAUUGAUCUCUCCAAUUCCCCAGACCUGAUUAAAACCUCCUCUACAAAGCCCUGGGGUGGACAGUUAAUUGACUUGAGCUCACCUCUUAUCAAGUGGAGUCCAGAGGACAAGAAGGAAAAUACUGAGAAUGUGGCGCCGCUGAUUGACUUGUCUUUUUAGACUAAAUGCAAAAUUACUGUGAACUAUGGCAUGAAAAAAAUUAUACUGGAACAUUUCAAAAACUGCUGAAAAAAAAUCUAAAGAGGGAGUGUGGACGCUACUGUGCUUUUGUUUUUGAUUG